AUAUUUGAUACAAAUUACGACAAGUUGCGUGAAAUGGGACGUAUCGCAAGAAUGUUGUUGUUGUUGUUGUUGGCCUGCUAUAUAACAUAUGGAGGAGCUUUCUUUACCAAUGUACAGAAGAGGUUCAACGGUGAAUUGUUACCGGCCGAUCCGCUCGUGUGUACAACACAGAAUGUUACUUUCACAUGUGUACUGAACGACGACCCAGUAUCGAACUUUUCCAUUGGCUUUACCUUUAAAACUAGAGAAACAAAUGGAAAAUUUGUUACUGUAGAUCAGAAUAGAGUCACACAUAUAAACGAGACGAUGGCUCAAUAUACGGUGACCUCUAUCCCGCCUCUUUCGGAUGUCAACAAGCCCUACUUCAUGUAUGUUAAAAGCUUUUACUGGCAAGAAAUCGGCGAUAUUAAUGAAACAUUACAGCUUGGAACCACCACUUCAGUUCGUGUUUACCCAAUGCCCGAAGAGGUGAAAGAUUUUGCCUGUAUCGUGAAUAAUUACAAGACGAUGAUUUGCUCCUGGAAGUACGGGACAGAUUACGGCAAUUACAUGCCGGAAGUCAUCUUUUUGUGGAGGAUCCCAUACUACAGUACAUCUUGGACCGAAUGUAAAUACUUAAACACCAAAGAUGGGUCCUGCACAUGGAAUGAAACAAGGGCUGGAUAUUUCAAAAAUUCUAACAUCACCAUUAGACUGACGUUGAAACAGCGGUGUAAAAUUGACGUCACUUCCGAGUUUCAUAUAGAUACGUCAAAAAUAGUAAAGCCGGAUCCUGUUUCCAGUAUCAGAUCUAACGUUAUAAGCAGUACUUGUAUCACGUUGCUAUGGAAGGCCGCAAAUUCUGGACCGUUUUAUCCGAAAGAACAUUUAAUUACAGUGUCGAGUCGUGGAGUUGCUGUAACUAACAGCACGCUAACGACGACAAUGGACAGCGAACAAUUUGAACACACACAUACGUUUUGUGGUCUGCAUCCAUACACAGCAUACAGUUUUAGCGUUCGCAUUAGACCUACUGGUAUUUACUCGGGGUACUAUAGCGAACCUGUUAUACAUACGUCCACGACUUAUUCCGACAUUCCAAGUGCAAGUCCCGAUGUUACAGAUUACAGGUGGGACCAAAGAGAAUGUGAAGAUGGAGGAGAAAAAAGACUGGUGUGUUUGUUUUGGAAGCCAAUAAAAGCGGAGAAUCAGAACGGACCAAUGAAAGGGCUGCAAGGUGAGUUCACGGCAUUACCACCUGCCAAUCAUAUCAUCAAAGAGGACUGGGCGGCGGGAGUGACGUAUGGCUGUUCUUAUAUUCUGUGUAACACGAGUUAUCUGUUCACGAUAAAAGCAAGAAAUAUAAAUGGUACAUCAAAACGAGGCUCAGCUGUUACCAUACCAGCCUUUGUGUCAGGUUCCAUCAUAGAUGUUGACCAUGAACUAAAUGUUGGACAUGCAACUCCAAACAAUGAACAGAAUGUUCCGCCUGUUGAAGUCACUGGUACAAGUAUUAAUGGGGAAGCAAGCGGUAAUGGACAAGAAGAUGACGGUAUACCUACAUGGGUUGGUUACCUGUUAAAAGAAAUAUCUGAAGUAAAACAACAAAUGAAAGUUGUCGGCAAACUAGAGUAUGCUGUACAAAAUAUUAGUAACAGAAUUAAAGAUAUUGAGGGAAUACUCAAUCGAUUCGAAACACGCCAAAUGCAGUAACUAUUAACUUGAUGGAGAUGAUAGAUGUGACUGUUUAUUGAAAAUCAACGUACUGCAAUAAAUGUAAUAUCAGUCCGAUGUAAAUUUGAUGAAACAUUUUCUAUAUAAGCAAAACAUGAUUUGAAAGUUUAUUGUUAUAUACAUGUGGGAAUCUUACUCAUUGUUAAAUUUGAUUCAAAAGGAAAUUUUUGGUUGCAUGUGCUUUAUUAUUAUUAUUUUAUAGCGUGCGAGCGUGCGUCCGUGUGUGAUUUGUGUGUGGUUUUUUUUUUCUCUUUAUCAUUUUAUUUGUUUGUUUGAUUUUGAUACAUGUUGUUUCAACGUGAUGUUUUGUCUUAUUUUGCUAAUAUCGAACAAAAUAGUCGACUGUUAAAUGACUCAAAAUAUGUAAAUGGUAAUGUUACUGGUGUAGAAAAGUGAUGAAUAAAAUUAAAGAUAUACUGUGCUUUUUUCCUGCCAAAAAAUUCUAACAUCGGCCAAUAUCGUAAAAAAUCGGUCAUUUCCGGAACAUUAUUUUCCACAAUUUCCGAUAUUCAAUAAUUUUAACCAUUUAUUAUCGCAAUUUAGUACAUAGCGAUGAAGAAUGAGUGAUUGUAAAUAAUCUAAUGCUCAAGAUUUUUUUUUAAAAGAGUUCCGGAAAUAUCCGAUUUGCAAAGAUAUUGGCCGAUGUUAGAAUGAGCAUUACAGAAAGGCUAUGCUCAAAAAUAAAAAAAUAAAAAACAUUUAUUGCAGAAUUUUUUAAUUUUUUUUUGAAAUCUAGUUUAUUCUUUCUGAAUAUGUCUAAUUUUAAAAAGUGAAUUUGUAAACUAUGUUUAGGAAGCAGCAUUCCUAUAACUUGACAAAUUAAGUUGGUCUAUCCUUAUAAAAACUGCCAGCGUUAUUAAUGACACUAUGUAAUCAUACGGUGAUUACAAGAAAUGUGUGUAGAGCUUAAAACGUAAAAAAAAUUUUUUUCUUUAUUCAAAAAAUGUUUAGGUUACAUUUUAAAAGAGACUGUAUAGAAAUUAUCUUUUUUUUUUUUCAAAUAUCAAAUUUAAGCAUUAUAUAU